UCAGAGAUUGUUCAGCUCACACACAGCUCUGCUUCGGAACGAGAGAUACAGCAGAUAAAACUUCUGGAAUGCAUAAAGUGAUUUUGGUUCUCCUGGUCCUCAUUUCAAGUUUUUGGAUCUUUCCUUGUGAAGGCCAUGAUCCUUGCUGUGCACAGCCUUGUCAAAACCUAGGAGUGUGCUUAUCCAAAGGCGCUGAUGCUUAUGAAUGUGACUGUACCAGGACAGGAUAUUACGGUGUAAACUGUACUUCUCCUGAACUCCUCACUUGGAUCAAAUCCACGUUGAAACCAGCUCCGAGUGUGGUGCAUCAUAUUUUAACACAUUAUAAAUGGAUCUGGAACCUUAUCAACAACAUCUCUUACUUGAGAAACUCCAUAAUGAGCUAUAUCCUGACAUCAAGGUCACAUUUGAUUGACAGCCCACCAACAUACAAUGCAGAGUAUAGCUACAAAAGCUGGGAAGCGUAUUCCAACCUGUCCUACUACACUCGGACUCUUGCACCGUUGCCCAAGAACUGUCCCACACCCGAUCUUCCUAAUCCAAAGGAGGUGGUGGAAAAGGUGCUGUUAAGAAAACAGUUCAACCCUGAUCCACAGAAGACCAGUCUCAUGUUUGCCUUCUUUGCCCAGCAUUUUUCUCACCAGUUUUUUAAGAGUGACUUUAAAAAAGGACCAGCAUUCACAAAAGCCCUGGGCCAUGGAGUAGAUUUAAGCCACAUUUAUGGAGAGACACUAGAGAGACAACACAAACUUCGUCUAUUCAAAGAUGGCAAACUAAAGUAUCAGGAUGUGGAUGGUGAGGUUUACCCCCCUCUGGUGAAGGACGUCCAGGUGGAGAUGCACUACCCUCCUCAUAUCCCAGAAGAACAGAAAUUUGCUGUUGGCCACGAGGCCUUUGGUCUGGUUCCAGGAUUAAUGAUGUAUGCUUCCAUCUGGCUGCGUGAGCAUAAUCGUGUCUGUGACAUCAUGAAGCAAGAACAUCCCGACUGGGACGAUGAAAGAAUCUUUCAGACCACCCGUCUCAUCCUGAUUGGUGAGACCAUCAAAAUUGUAAUCGAGGACUAUGUUCAGCACCUGAGUGGGUACAACUUCAAGCUCAAGUUUGACCCGGAGCUUCUCUUCAAUCAACGCUUCCAGUACCAGAAUCGCAUUGCAGCUGAGUUCAACACUCUGUAUCACUGGCAUCCACUGAUGCCCGACAACUUUCAGAUCCAGGAUCAGGUUUAUGGCUACGACCAGUUUGUGUUUAACAACUCUAUAGUGACAACACAUGGCAUCCGCAACAUGGUGGAGUCCUUCACCAAACAGAGAGCUGGAAGGGUUGCUGGUGGCCGGAACCUGCCAGCAGCAAUGCAGGGAGUUGCAGCAAAAGUUUUAGAACAAUCCAGAGAUAUGCGCUAUCAGUCUUUCAAUGCCUACAGGAAACGCUUCAACAUGAAGCCCUACUCGUCCUUUCAGGAGAUGACAGGAGACAGAGAUCUAGCCAUUGAACUGGAGAAGCUCUAUGGUGAUGUGAAUAAAGUUGAGCUGUAUAUUGGUCUUCUCGUGGAGAAGGGCAGACCCAAUGCUCUCUUUGGGGAGACCAUGGUGGAGAUGGGUGCCCCUUACUCUCUCAAGGGCCUUAUGGGAAAUGCUAUUUGUUCUCCUGAAUACUGGAUGCCCAGCACAUUUGGUGGGAAAGUGGGAUUUGACAUCGUCAACACUGCCUCACUAAAGAAGCUUGUAUGCUUGAACAUCAAAGGUCCCUGUCCUAUGGUGUCCUUUCAGGUGCCUGAUGUGGAAUAUGAAAGUUCAGAAAAUUUGAAUUCAAGCUCAGUGCUUUCCACACAAAAUAAUAUUAACCCUACCGUUGUCUUGAGAGAGAGAAGUUCAGAGCUCUAAAUGCACAUUAGCAUCAUGUUAAAGGCCUCAGUGCUUGUACUGUGAUACGUGAUUGAAUAUUUUCAUUUCUAUUUAUUUGAUUAUUUAUUUGUUUGUUGAUUAUGUAAUUUAUUUGAAUUAUUAAUUUAUUCCUGGACCAUUUGAAGUGACAGAUUGUUACUGUGUUAUUGUUUUGAUAUUUAUUGAUUUGUUGAUGUAAGUGAUUGUUAAAAAAUCUCCUGAACACAUACUUGAAAAAAACAGCUUUUCUUUUAAAGCCUUUAUGAACAAAUGUACUUGUGAAUAUGAAAAAAAGCCUUUUGUGUAACAAUGAAACUUUCUAAAUAAAAACAAGGUAAAUACAA